GGUUUCGGGCGUCCGUCGCCAUUUAGCGCAGAGACGGCCCCGAGGUGGCCGCAGCGCCUCCGCUCCCUCCUCCCCGCCGCGGCGCGGGGCGCCACUCGGACUCGCGCGGCCUCCGCUCCCGCUCCCCUGUGUGAGGCGGCGAGCGGCCCCCGGUGAGGAGAGGCGAGGCGGCGGGGGGCGGCAGCAGCGGCGGAGGCAGCGGCAACAUCAGCAGCAGCAGGAGGAGGAGGAGGGUUUCCGGCUUCCCGCGAGGCGGCGGCGGCCGCUUCUACUGCUGAGAGAACGCGGCCCGGCCUCGCGCGGGCGGUGGCUGCCUGGCGGGAGGGGGAGGCCGCUGCCGCCAUGGGCGCCCCUGCGAGGCGGGGCUGAGCCCCGCGGCCCCUUUCCCUGCCCUCGCGGCGGGUUGAAGGCUCCGGGCCCGCCCGCUGCGAGCGACUGAGCGCGGCGGCUACCGCCUCCGCGGCCUGCCCCCGCUUCGCCGCCCCUUCCCCUCCCCGUGGGCCUUCGCUCCGGGGGUUCCCGGGCCUGCCCCGGCCUUCUCUCGCCCGCCCUUCCCUCCUUUCCCCCCGCCCGGCCCCGCGCCCCUGCUCUCUCGCAGAGCUCCAUGUCGGCCCCGCUGCCCGUUGCCCCGCUGCAGGAUGGAUGCAGACGCUGAGCGGGGAGCCGCCCCGCUGGCCCAGCCUCCCCAGCAGCCGCCUCCCAGCUCCGCCGCCGGGAGCCCUUGGGACCCUCCCGUCUCGCAGCUGCGGCCGCGGCCGGGAGCGCUCCCCGCGCAGUGAGCGGCCUCUCCCCUCGCCUCCCCCCGCCCCGCCUCGCCCCAGCAGCGCUUCCCCGGGCAGCGAUGUCGGGGGGAGCAGCGGACGGCGGACCCCCGGCACCCCGUUUCCUGGCUCCCCCGCCGCCGCCCCCCAAGAACGGUUCCAGCUCGGACAGCUCCGUCGGGGAGAAGCUGGGAGCCGCCGAGCACGCGGCCUCUGGGACCGGCGGAGCGAGCGGCGGAGCGGGGAGCGGAGGCCGUAGCGAGGAGUACCGCCGCCGCCGCCACACCAUGGACAAGGACAGCCGAGGGGCGGCAGCCACCGAGCACCGCUUCUUCCGCCGGAGCGUGAUCUGCGACUCCAACGCCACGGCCUUGGAGCUGCCCAGCCUGCAGCCCGCCGCACCCUCGGCUCCCGUGUCGGGAGGCAGCGCCGCUCCCUUGGUCUCUCCUCCCGAGUGCGUCCGCACCACUUGCAUCGCCGUUGGAGCCUCGCAGGCCCCCUCGCUGCUGCAGCAGCCUCCGCCGCCAGUCCCGCUCCCACUGGAAGGGCGCUCUGGCCAGGAGCCCCCUGCCACCAAGGAUGCCGCCCCGCUACUGCCCAAAGAGGAGGAGGAUGAGGCUGCCGCUCUGCCCCCCACCAGCGCCGCUGGCAGCACGUCGGCUGCCAGCCGGGAGUUCGAGGAGCGGAGGGCACAGCAGGAGGACAUAGAGGAGCUGGAGACCAAGGCGGUGGGCAUCUCCCCUGACGGCCGCUUCCUGAAGUUUGACAUCGAGAUUGGAAGAGGCUCUUUCAAAACUGUAUAUAAAGGACUGGAUACUGAUACCACUGUGGAAGUCGCCUGGUGCGAGCUGCAGGAUCGGAAACUAUCCAAGUCAGAGCGACAAAGAUUCAAAGAGGAAGCUGGGAUGCUGAAAGGGCUUCAGCAUCCCAAUAUUGUCAGGUUCUACGAUUCCUGGGAGUCCACAGUCAAAGGAAAAAAAUGUAUUGUCCUUGUGACAGAACUCAUGACAUCUGGAACAUUAAAAACGUACCUGAAAAGAUUUAAAGUGAUGAAAAUCAAAGUACUACGAAGCUGGUGUCGUCAGAUACUGAAAGGCUUACAAUUUCUACACACACGCACUCCUCCCAUUAUUCAUAGAGACUUAAAAUGUGACAACAUCUUCAUUACUGGCCCCACUGGUUCAGUCAAGAUUGGAGACCUUGGACUGGCAACCCUGAAGCGAGCUUCUUUUGCCAAAAGUGUGAUAGGUACCCCAGAGUUCAUGGCCCCCGAGAUGUAUGAGGAGAAAUAUGAUGAAUCCGUUGAUGUAUAUGCUUUUGGGAUGUGUAUGCUAGAGAUGGCAACGUCUGAGUAUCCUUAUUCUGAGUGCCAAAAUGCCGCGCAGAUCUACCGUCGAGUGACCAGUGGUGUCAAGCCUGCCAGCUUUGAUAAAGUAGCGAUCCCUGAAGUGAAGGAGAUUAUUGAGGGAUGCAUUCGGCAAAACAAAGGCGAAAGAUAUGCUAUUAAGGACCUUUUGAAUCAUGCUUUCUUCCAAGAAGAGACUGGAGUACGGGUAGAACUAGCAGAGGAAGAUGAUGGAGAAAAAAUUGCCAUUAAACUCUGGCUGCGAAUUGAAGACAUCAAAAAACUUAAGGGCAAAUAUAAAGAUAAUGAGGCAAUAGAGUUUUCCUUUGACUUGGAGAGAGAUGUCCCAGAGGAUGUGGCACAGGAAAUGGUGGAAUCUGGCUAUGUCUGUGAAGGGGAUCACAAGACAAUGGCGAAAGCUAUCAAGGACAGGGUAUCUUUGAUUAAGCGAAAGCGAGAGCAGCGUCAGUUGGUGCGAGAAGAACAGGAGAAGAAGCUUCAGGAAGAAGGUAGUCAGAAGCAGCAGCUGGAGCAACAGCAACCCUCAAGUGCUUCCCAUGCAGGGUCAAAGCAUCCCGUAUCUGUCAGUGGUACUACUCCUGUCCCCACUACUUCAGCAUCUGUUUCUACUCAAGUGGAGCCUGAAGAACCAGAAGCUGAUCAACACCAACAACUGCAGUUCCAGCAACCCAGUAUAUCUAUUCUUUCUGAUGGAGCAGUUGACAGUGGCCAAGGGUCAUCUGUUUAUACUGAAUCGUGUGUGAGCAGUCAGCAGACUGUGUCGUAUGGUUCCCAGCAUGACCAGCCAAUCUCAACAGCUGCAGUCCAGGGGUAUGCGGCUUCAGUUGGCCAAGUGCAGUCACAACAGCAUGGAGGAUAUCAGCCACCUACAGUGCCUCAGCAUCCGCGUGGGGGAACACCAACGUUCCCAGAUUCACAGAUAUUUUUCCCAACCGUUCAUGAACGGCCGGUGUCUUUCUCACCACCGCCUGUCUGCCCGCCGAAGGUGGCAGUUGCUCAGCGCCGCAAGAGCACUUCAUUUUUGGAAGCCCAAACUUGCCACUUCCAACCAUUGCUGAAGACUGGCCAGAGUUUAGUUCCACCUGGUGGUAGUCCCACCAAUUGGACACCAGAGGCAUUGGUUAUGCUGGGCACGACAUCUCAUAGAGUCGCUGGAGAGCCUCUGCAUGUGCAAGUUAACCCUGUGUUUGAGCCAGCUCCUGUACACAGUGACUAUAGAUCUGGACCAACACCUCCAGAGGAUGCUCACUACAGAAUGCAUCCAGAAGCUGUAUAUUUGGUGGGCAUGCACUAUCCGUCACAGACACAAGUACAAGGCCAGUCAGCCUCAAGUAGUACAUCGGUACCGUCUCAGCCUGCCCAACACACUCAGCAGAAUGCCCAGCAGCCAGCUUCUUCUCAACAACCCGGACAAUACCAGCUGCAGCAGCCAUCAGUUUCUACUGGUGCCACUCCCACACAAACUGUCUCUCAAACUCAGACUUCACAGGUUAUGCCAAUGCCUCAGGCAGCAGCAGGGACACAGCUUCCUGUUUCCCAACCAGUGUCGAUCAUCCAAGGCGAACCUCAAUUACCUGUUGCAGCACCUUCUCUCCCUCAACCUUCAGUUGCCCCAUCAGUCCCUAUUGGUUCUCACUUUCUGCCCGUGGGACAACCCUUGCCAACUUCCAUUGUCCCCCAGUUCUCAGUCUCUCAGUUGCCCGUCGCAGCUCCUCAUGUGUCAGUGGCUCAGCCAGGUUUCCAGUCACUGCCAAUUUCAAUGGCAGGCGGCAUGAAUCAGCCAUUGCUCACGCUGGCAACAUCUGCUGCGGCAUCCGCUGUCCCUGUAGGAUCAACUGUUGUCCCUAGCCAGCUUCCCACGCUGAUGCAGCCUGUGGCUCAGUUGCCCAGCCAGGUUCUCCCGCAGCUCCUGCAGCCAGCUGUCCAGUCCAUGGGAUUGCCAGUCAGCAUUGGACAAGCUGCUGAUGCUUCACUUCCUGCUGGAGAUGCUCUUUACCAGGGCUUCCCAUCUCGGCUGCCACCUCAGUACCCAGGGGACUCAAGUGUUGCACCUUCCUCUGCCGUGGCUUCUGUUAGCAUUCCUUCUGCCAUACUGUCCCCUCCCCUACCCACAGAUGUAAUGACUCAGCCAGGCUAUAUUGCUCCUGUUGUGCAGCCGUAUGUGGAGCAGAACGUUUUAGUUCCUAUGGGCAGCGUAGGAGGACAGGUUCAAGUGCCCCAGCCUACAGUGAGUUUAGCACAACAGGCCUCAUCAGCCUCCUCGCAGCAGGCAGUUGUGGAGCAGAAUGUCAUGCCAAUGUGGGGACCUUGUUGCCACUGGCUGUUCUGUUGGGAAGGUACUCAAGGAGCCUCACAGACUGCUCCUUCAGAGUCUCUGCCAUCAACGCAGCCUGCUCAGUCUACCCCUUUGGCUUCCUCUAUGGAUAGUGCACAUUCUGAUGUUGCUUCAGGAAUGAGUGAUGGCAAUGAGAAUGUUCCAGCUUCUAGUGGGAGGCAUGAAGGGAGGACUACCAAGCGUCAUAUGCGGAGGUCCGUCCGCAGUCGCUCUCGCCAUGAGAAGACUGCUAGGCCGAAACUGAGAAUUCUAAAUGUUUCAAAUAAAGGUGACCGGGUAGUGGAAUGCCAGCUAGAGACACACAAUCGGAAAAUGGUUACUUUCAAAUUUGAUUUGGAUGGUGACAACCCUGAGGAAAUAGCAUCAAUUAUGGUGCAGAAUGAGUUUAUUUUAGCAACUGAGAGAGACUCAUUCGUGGAACAGGUACGAGAGAUCAUUGAGAAAGCAGAUGAAAUGCUGAGCGAGGAUGUAAGUGUGGAGCCAGAAGGUGAUCAGGGUUUGGAGAGUAUGCAGACAAAAGAUGAUGGCUUCGUUCCAGGGUCACAGAAAUUAGAGUUCAAACAGCCAGAUCCUACAUCUUCCAUGCCACAAAGAAUAGGGGUUCCUCCUAGCUCCUUUACCCAGGUUGUCCAUUCUGCGGGAAGACGGUUUAUUGUCAGCCCUGUCCCUGAAAGUCGGUUAAAAGAACAGGGCUUUUUCACCUCUCCUGUUCCCGGAGGAAAAGAAACUUCAGAUGUGGUUGCUGCAUCUCCACUACAUGGUCCUGGAAUGAAUCUCUCCCACUCUGCAUCAUCGCUGAGCUUACAACAAGCUUUCUCUGAGAUUGGGCAUGGUCAAAUGACAGAAGGACCUAGUACAGCUCCUCCAGUGUUUAAUCAAACAAUACCACCAUUUCCACCUGUGCUUUCUACCAUGGCAGGCAGUGGUGCACCUCCUGCAUCUGUAGCUGCUCCUUCAAUAUCUGUUCCUUCUAGCACAGGUGUUUCUCUUCCAAGUUCUGUUACUUUGCCUUCAGAAAAUGCAGCUGCUGGAGUUGCACUAAGUGCAAGUGUGCCAAGUUCUGUUUCUCCACCUCCGGCCUCACAGUCCGGACAGCAGCUGUCUGGUGGUGUGGCUUCCAGUGUGAGCGCCCCUGCUUCUUUCUCCUUAACUAUCACAUCCCAGCCUGCUCAGCCAGUAACUGGCGACAUUACCCCUAGCAUCAGCACACCAGCUUCUUUGGCACUAUCUGCUACCCAGGUUCCUGGUGUCACUGGUCUUGGUGUCGUUGCACCAGCUGUGACAUCUCAAUCUACUCCUCAAAUUGUAAGUAGUUUGGCAGCACCGCAGACGUCUGUUGCCCUGUCUCAGGCUCAGAAUGUGGCUUUGCAGCUUCCUCAGCUUACCAGUAGUGGCUCUGUCUCCAGUCUGGCAGAAACAACAGUUGUAAGUGCUCCACAAUCAAUACCUGAGAGUGGGCAGUCCGCAGAUAAAUCACAGCCCUCCAGUGCAGCUGGCUUAUCGCUACCAAUCUCUGCACCUUUAUCAUCCUCUGUAGCAACAAGUUUGUGUGGUUCGGUCACUCAGCCAGUGAUACAUCCCUUACUCAUCCCAUCAGCAGUUACAUCAACACCUGUCCUAUCCCAGAUUCCAGGUGCAACACCUGUGUUGCCCCAGGUUCCCCUACCUGGUGUCUUACCACAGCCAGUUACUAAUUUGCCUGCAGUACAGCAAACAUUGAUACACAGCCAGCCCCAACCAGCUCCAUUACCCAAUCAACCUCAUAUUCACUGUCUGGAGGCUGACGCUGAUGCUCAGUCCAAAGCACCUGGCAUUGAUGAUAUAAAGACCCUGGAAGAAAAGCUACGGUCUCUCUUCAGUGAACAUGGUAACGUGGGAGCAGCACAUCCAUCAGUAUCUCUGGAGACGUCACUGAUCAUGGAAACUACUGUUAUUCCUGGGAUCCCAACCACUGUUCUUGCACCAACUAAACCCCUGACAUCCGUUAGCACUUGUAUACCUCCGAGCAGUUUGCCUCUUGGACCAGCUGGCUUGCCAGUGCUCACACCAGUCGCCACGCCUGGGCAAGUGAUCACCCCAGUAAGCUAUAUUUCAGCACCAAGCAGCGUUGCAACAGCAGUAGUGAAACCAGGGACCUCUCCCUCGAAGCCUCCUCUUAGCAGGGUACCGGUGCUACCAGUAGGUUCUGAACUUCCAGCUGGCACUCCGUCCAGUGAGCCGCUGCCACCUUUUCCAGGACCUUCACUAACUCAGUCCCAGCAGCCACUGGAAGAUCUGGAUGCUAAGCUGAGGAGAACCCUUAGUCCAGAGACCGUUCCAGUGACAUCAGCUCCUGCCUGUUCUGUGCCCUCAGUAGCAUCUACAGCAGUUACUGGUCUGGUGUCCACAGCAGCACAGCCUCUAAAAGAUGCUUCAGCAUCGUAUGGUGGAGACAGCAGUGGUAUGGCUUCCACAACAACAGGAGCUGGCGUUCUUAAGAUGGGACGGUUUCAGGUAUCUGUGGCAGUGGAUGAUGUGCUGAAAGAGAGUGACAAACCUGAGACUAAGCCGCUGCAAUUUGAAACCACCUCCUCUGAUUCCUCCCCUCUUUCUGGGAGCAGUCCAGAGAGCACCCUGGUGAAGCAGGCUGGAGGGCGGAAAAGCGAGGCUGUGGCACAUGGCAUUCCUCAGCCAGUUCCUGUGCUGCAGUUGCCAGUAGACGAUGGUCAGCCUACUAAGGUUGGACGCUUCCAGGUAACAACAACAACAGAUCAAGUGGGGCGCUUCUCAGUGUCAAAGACUCAGGAUGAGGUCACCUGUGCAGAGAGAGAGCCAAUGACUCUCCCUCUCUCUGUGGACUUGGAACAAGUUGCUUCUUCAGCUGCAGCCCCUAGGAAAGAGUUGGAGUCAAGGCAGUCCCCACAUAUGAACGGUCCGUCCUCUGAACCAGAGGCUGCUUUCUUGAGUGGAAUGGCUAAGGAUCUGGAUGAUGGCUCAGCGAGUCCAGACUCCCUCCAGGCCACAGCGUCAAAGAUCAGCCUCCCUGUUCAGAGUCUUAGCAACUCGUUCAAUUCUUCCUAUAUGAGCAGUGACAACGAGUCGGAUAUUGAAGAUGAAGACUUGAAAUUGGAACUCCGUCGAUUACGGGAGAAGCACCUUAAAGAGAUCCAGGAGCUGCAGAGUCGCCAGAAGCAGGAGAUUGAAUCACUAUACACAAAACUAGGAAAGGUCCCACCUGCAGUCAUUAUUCCCCCUGCUGCACCCCUUUCAGGAAGGAGGAGACGACCCACGAAAGGAAAAAGCAGCAAAUCCAGUCGUAGCAGCUCCCAGGGAAAUAAGAGUCCACAGCUGUCAGGCAAUUUGUCAGCUCAGAGUGCACCAUCAGUCUUGCCCCCGCAACAGACUCUUCAUCCUCCUGGUAGUGUGCCAGAGACUGGACAGAACCAUUUGUUACAGCCCCUCAAACCUUCACCUUCCAGCGAAAAUCUCUACUCUGCCUUUACCAGUGAUGGUGCCCUUUCAGUACCAAGCCUUUCUGCGCCAGGCCAAGGCUGUGCGAAGUUUAACUGUGCAUCUGAGAGAGUGACGUUCAAGCCUGGUGGCAGGAGGACCCGAUUUCUGAGUACGCCCUGCUUGGCUCUUUGGAAGAUGGUGAAAAAAGUCUGUCCUUGCAACCAGCUCUGUAGGACCAGUAGCACUAACGCAGUCGGGGCUACAGUGAACAGCCAAGCACCCCAGUCUCAGCCUACUGCUAUUGCCUCCAGCCGAAAAGGGACUUUCACAGAUGACCUGCACAAGCUGGUAGAUAACUGGGCCCGAGAUGCCAUGAACCUGUCUGGCAAGAAAGUUGGCAAAGGGCAUAGCAACUAUGAGGGCCCUGGAAUGGCAAGAAAAUUCUCAGCACCAGGUCAGCUCUGUAUCUCUAUGACAUCUUCCCUGGGUGCUACGCCCAUCUCUGCAGCAUCAGCUACCUCUUUAGGUCCCUUCACGAAGGCCAUGUGCCCUCCGCAGCAGUACGGUUACCCGGCAGCGUCUUUUGCCGCUCCGUGGAGCGGGACGAGCGGUCCGGCACAGCAACCACUUGGCCAGUUCCAGCCCGUAGGUGCUGCGUCUUUGCAAAGCUUCAACAUCAGCGGUUUGCAGAAAUCCAUCAGCAACCCUCCAGGCUCCAACCUGCGGACCACUUAGCCCCGCUCGGAGACCGUGCUGGCUAGACCUCGGGACGGGACGUGGGGAGGGAGACGGGGCCCUUUGUCAACUCCUAGUGCUGCAAUGAACUGGUUGCUUGCCAGACUGGGAAUGAAUUUCUCUUUUCCACCCAUUGCUGUUAACUUUCUGUAAAGGGGGCUUCCCCACAUGCUUUCAAGGGGGAGAAGGAUGAUCGGCGUCCUUACGAUGGGACAGUUCUUUUGACUUGAGGGGUCCCGCUCUCGUGUGAAGCGAGAGCCGUGAAGAUCAGUGACGGGGGCAGUUAACGCAGUCUUGCUGUAACAUUUCUCUGGUUUGAGGCCGAAUCCGCGUAUGUCAAGAUGGGAGAGUUGAAUCCUAGCAUGAGGCUUUAGCACACUUCUCUCCCUGAAGAUCCGAGACCAGCUGUCCAAAUCCCCCUCCUCUCCCUCUCCCCACUCGAUCGUAUUUGGCUCCAGAACGAUGGGGCACCCGAAUGGACUUGCAGUGCAGCCCGUGCUUGAUAGGUCAUUACUGCUUUAAGUAAGAUAUUAACAGCUUUGACUGCAGCAUUAGAGCAAUUUAAAUUGUUUAAAGAUUUUAAAAGUUCCCUGCGGACAUGUACUUACCAUCAGUUUUGAUGUGGAAACACUGUGAUAUAUAAAUGUUGUUGGACAACAGUAGUUUAAAAAUGAGUGGAAUAUAGAGGGUUAAAAAAGUUAAAAAGUAAAAAAUGGGAAAAAAAGCUAGCUAUAUCCUUAUACUUAUUGGAGACACUUUAACUUUUUCCUUUGUAUUUUCAUUGUAUUAGAUAAAUAAAUGUGAAUGUAAAAUUGUAUAAAUUAAUGUACUUGAAUACUUGUCUGUUCUCCCAGUAUGCUUGCUGGAUAUUUUAGUGCCUUGGACUUCUAUUGCUUCUGCAGUUAGCGUUGUCUUCCCAGCAGACCCCAGGUGGACAGAGGGCAAGUUCAGAGAAGGCCGCGUUGGUUGUACCUGUGGAUGGGGGCCUGACCGGCGGCGUAGCGAUCGCGAUAGCGCGAUAGCGCCUAGAGGAGGUGCAGCGGGGCGGAACCAGGCUCCGCGUGUUGGGAAACUUGGCCGAGGGGGUGACCUGAUGUUGGUGGUGCGAUGGGGGCCAGGUGGGGUGGGACGGAGGGUUGUGCGUGAAGCCAGAAUGAGACGAAGCGCCGUUGUGUAGGGGCAGGAGGUCUGGAUCAGGAAUGGAGAGGAUGGGGAGAAGGAGUGUCUAUGGGAAGGGUCCCACUUGAAAUGCAGUGUGACUCCACCUGUGAAGUGGUGAAGGUGUUUGGUCAGGAUGUGACUUGAGGGAGAGGUGCCGUUCCUCGUUGGCGUGGGCUUGUCUUGCUGGGAUUGCUUUUCUUUCUUUGUUUUGUUGUGUUUUAUGGGUUUGUUUUUUUUUUUUUUUAAUCCAUUGAAGCCAGGAAUAGUCAUCCUGGCACAAUGUCCAUUGCCGGCAAUGGAUGCACUUGAAACAGCCGGCAUCAAGAAAUUUCCUCAGUCUUAGUUGGAGGAUUUAUGCUCCAACUCUAACAGAUUUCCAGCUGGUACCAGGACUGUAGCCGUCACCUCUUAGUUAGCUGUACUGUACCUUUGCUGUGUUCAUUCUCCCUUUUCAUAUUUAAGAAUACUGGUUUCCUCUACAAAGUUAAAAUAAUACCAGCCAGUAUUUUACACAGUGCUGCAAAGAGCUGUGAAGGAUCACUGCUGCUUCCCAGCACUGGGGCAGCUCGCUGGUGUCUGGAAGUUGGUGCACCCAGGAGAUUGUUCCUUGCCCAAAUCAUUUUUCCUGAGAGUGUUGUUCCCCUGUGGAGCCUUAACAGGGAGUUUUUCUGUCUGUGAGUGUUCUCACUUGAAUUUUUAUUUUAUUUUAUUUUAUUUUGCAAAGAGAUGUGCGAGAACCAUUUCUUUCCUGUUACUUUUUUCUUUUUUCUUUUCUUUUCUUUUUUUUUUUUUUUCCAGCAGUUUUGGCAGCAAGGGCCACCAUACCUGGGUGGAGAGAGAUGCCAGAGGGCAAAAGCCAGCAGCAAAGAGCCUGGGCUCUGAGAUCCUUAGGUUUGGAGGCUCGUUCUUUGUGACCUCAGUGCGGAGUGGAGCUGCUGAAGGGGAGAGGAGAGAGGCUCGUGGCGUGAGUGUGGUGGGAAGGGGCAGAAGCGGGGGGCCGUGCUGCUGAGGUUGGACAGGAAAGCUCUGCUCUGUGCCCUGAAUGGCGCAUUGGUUUCCCAAAUACACCCGGUGGAAGGGGAGAGGUGUGCCUGAGGAAAAGGAGCGGUUGUCGGCCCGAGGCAGUGGUGACACACAAGGGGAAUACUCACGACAGGGGAACGAUGAAGCUGAACGCAGCACGUGGUUAUUUAAUUUUGAUCUAAUAAGUUUGAGGUUGUUUUCACUUAAUGUUAUGCAAGAACUGGUUUUAUUUACCAUUGAUUCCCCCUCCCCCCCUUCCUGUGGAUGAAUAACUGAAGUCUAGAGGAAUAAACUAAUGCUACUGAACUGUUAAAUUAUUUUGUUUAAUAUUACACUUUGAGUAUCUUUUUCCACAUAAAAUCUGUUUCUGAAUUACAAGCGUUUUCUUUACAUUAUUUAACAAUGUACACUGUAAAAAAAAUAAAAUAAAAUAAAAAAAAUAAAAAAGUUGAAACUUUGGGCUU